AUGGAUGAACAGCAAAAAGCAUGUAUAGGAAUUAUAUUAGCCUUAUCCAUUCCAAAUAAUAAACGAGUUUUGAGAAAACGGAAACGAUGGGUAAAACAAUGGAUUUCCAAACGAAGACAGUACACUCAUCUUAAUGUUAUAAAAGAGGUGCAACUUUCAGAUCCAAAGGACUUUAUUAAUUAUUUCCGAAUGGACAUUGAUAAUUAUAAUAAACUUUUAAGUAUGGUAGCACCAUUAAUCACUAAAAUGAAUACCAACAUGAGAGAGAGUAUUUCAGCAAAUGAAAGACUGGCUGUUACAUUGAGGUACCUGGCAACUGGACGGACUUUUGAGGACCUAAAAUUUACCUCGAUAAUCUCACCAACAACCAUAAGUCUAAUUGUAAUCGAAACAUGUGAAGCAAUAAUAACUGUUCUCAAGGAUUAUAUACAGCUUCCAAAAACUGCUGAACAAUGGCAAAAUGUCUCAAAUAAUUUUGGAGCUAAAUGGAAUUUCAGUAACUGCAUUGGAUCAAUUGACGGAAAACAUGUUAAUAUUAAAAAACCGCCAAAUUCUGGAUCAUUAUAUUACAACUACAAAGGUACAUUCAGUAUCGUGCUAAUGGCUGUUGUAAAUGCAAACUUACAAUUCAUGAUGGUUGACGUUGGGGCUAAUGGUCGGAUUUCUGACGGAGGAGUGUUAUACUAUACAAAAUGUUGGGAAAAGUUUCAGAAUAACACACUAAAUAUUCCAUCACCAUCUUGUUUACCAAACACCACAGAACAAUUUCCUUACGUGUUUGUUGGCGAUGAGGCUUUUUCUUUACAACCUAAUUUAAUGAAACCUUACAGUCAACAUGACUUAACUAAUCACGAGCGUCGUAUUUUUAAUUAUCGCUUAUCAAGAGCUCGACGAACAGUUGAGAACGCAUUUGGAGUAUUAGCUAGUAGAUUUGGAGUUUUUCAAAAGCCAAUAAAUCUUGGACCAGAAAAAGCAACUCUAAUUACAUUAGCUUGCUGUUAUUUGCACAAUUUUUUAAUUGCAACUAAUCAAAACAUUUACUGUUCCAAAACUUUACUCAUUGAGGAAAAUACAGAGACAGGGGAAAUACAAAAUGGUAGUGAUAUAACACCAAAUUUGUUUACACCUUUAAAAAAAACACCUAUUCGUACAAUAAGUUUAGAAGCAAAAGAUGUGAGAAAUAAAUAUUCUAGUUAUUUUUGUAGAGAAGGUCAAGUACCGUGGCAGGUUAACAUGAUAUAA